AUGCGGAUUAUCACGAAGACAAUCAAAGACCUUGUACCGAAGGCCAUCAUGCACCUCAUUGUAUCACAAGUCACGCAAUUCAUGCACGAUGAGUUGUUAGCUCAUAUCUACCAAUGCGGUGAUACGGACAGCUUGAUGGAAGAAUCACAGGUGGAGGCACAGAAAAGGGAAGAAAUGCUUCGAAUGUAUCACGCUUGUAAAGAGGCACUACGCAUUAUAUCUGAGGUCAACAUGUCUACGCUAGGCGACACACCGCCUUCCCUACCUCCAAGUGACUACAGGUGA